CGCAUUUCAUUUGGAAAAUGGCGGCCGUACAAGGUGGUCUGGUCGACGCGGAGGAAGAAAAGGCCAUCAAAACAGAACCAUCGAGCGACGGAGGUGGAAAUAACAAUGCAAACGACGGACGACUGCCCUCUACGUCUCCCGGCGCCUCGGCUGCGGCCAGCAAAAAUGCAGCGGCAUCGCCGGAGGACCAACAGACGCUGCUCGCGGUGCUGCAGUUCCUCAGGAAGAACAAUCUCAGCGAGUCCGUGGACAUUUUGCGGCGCGAGGCGGGUUUACCGGAGGAUUCGCUGGACGCGAAGGGCGCCGACGCCUCCGGGGGAGGCUCGGGAGGCGCUGCGGGCACUGCGGGCGUAGACGGCGUGGAUGCGAGCUCCAUUCUCAGCCGGGUGACGGCGCCGUCCUCCGCCGGAACCCCGGCGCCAACGAAAACAGCACCUGCAGAGAACCAGCCAGACGUCAAUGUGGUGCUUUCAGCCUACAGCCAACAGGGCGACCCAGCUCUGUAUGAGACCUACUACAGCGGCCUGAAGAGGUUCAUAGAAACGGUUCUGGACUGUCACAGGGCAGAGCUCUCUCAGGUUUUCUACCCCCUGUUUGUCCACAUGUACCUGGAGCUGGUGUACAACAACCAUGAAAAUGAGGCCAAGGCUUUCUUUCAAAAGUUUAGUGGGGAUCAGGAGUGUUACUAUGAAGAUGACCUGCGUGUUUUGUCCGGUCUGACCAAGAAGGAGCACAUGAGAGGGAACGAGACCCUGCUGGACUUCCGCACCAGCAAGUUCGUCCUGCGGAUCUCUCGGGACUCCUACCAGCUGCUGAAGAGGCACCUGCAGGAGCGUCAGAACAACCAGAUCUGGAAUAUCAUUCAGGAGCACCUCUACAUUGACAUCUUCGAUGGCAUGCCGCGCAGCAAGGGCCAGAUUGAUGCCAUGUCUGGCAGCUUGGCAGGGGAAGCCAAGCGCGAGGCAAACAAGGCCAAGGUUUAUUAUGGGUUACUGAAAGAGCCAGAAAUUGAGCUACCCCUUGAUGAUGAGGAUGAAGAGGCAGAGAACGAAGAGGGUAAACCCAAGAAGAAGAAACCCAAAAAGGACAGCAUGGGCUCCAAGAGCAAGAAGCAGGAUCCUAAUGCGCCUUCGCAGAAUAGGAUACCUCUGCCAGAACUAAAGGAUUCGGACAAGCUGGAUAAGAUCAUGUACAUGAAGGAGGCCACCAAAAAGAUCCGCCUAGGGCCGGAAAACCUCCCCUCCAUCUGUUUCUACUCUUUUCUCAAUGCUUAUCAGGGUCUGACUGCAGUGGACUUCACAGAUGACUCCAGCCUAAUUGCAGGAGGCUUUGCUGAUUCCACAGUUCGGGUGUGGAGCGUCACUCCGAAAAAGCUACGCAAGGUCAAAUCUGCCGCAGACUUGAAUGUGAUUGACAAAGAGUCUGAUGAUGUGCUGGAGAGGAUCAUGGAUGAGAAAACAGCCAGUGAGUCAAAGAUCCUCUAUGGACACAGCGGCCCUGUGUAUGGAAUUAGUUUCAGCCCCGACAGGAACUAUCUGUUAUCAAGUUCUGAGGACGGUACAAUUAGAUUGUGGAGUCUCCUAACAUUUACCUGUCUAGUGGGAUACAAAGGCCACAACUACCCAGUGUGGGACACUCAGUUUUCUCCCCAUGGUUACUAUUUUGUCUCUGGAGGACAUGACAGAGUUGCCCGUCUGUGGGCAACAGAUCAUUACCAGCCGCUACGGAUAUUUUCUGGUCAUUUAGCUGAUGUGACUUGUACCCGUUUCCACCCCAACUCCAAUUAUGUGGCAACAGGAUCAUCUGACCGCACCACUCGUGUCUGGGACGUCCUGACUGGAAACUGCGUUCGUAUAUUCACUGGUCAUAAGGGUCCUAUCCAUGCACUGGCUUUCUCGCCAAAUGGCAAAUUCUUGGCUUCAGGUGCCACUGAUGGCAGAGUUCUUCUGUGGGACAUUGGUCAUGGACUAAUGGUUGGAGAACUCAAAGGUCACACAGACACAAUCUAUUCCCUCAGGUUCAGCAGGGAUGGCGAGAUUCUUGCCUCUGGCUCUAUGGACAACACAGUUCGAUUAUGGGAUGCAUUGAAAGCAUUUGAUGAUUUAGAGACGGACGACUUCACAGCAGCAACAGGACACAUUCAUCUACAAGAUAAUUCCCAGGAGCUUCUGCUCGGGACGUACUUGACUAAAUCGACACCUGUCAUACACCUCCACUUCACCCGGAGGAACCUACUGUUAGCUGCUGGGGCCUACAAUCCAUAAGACAUUGUGACAUGAUUUAACAAUUAGUGGAAGCUUAAAUUAUUGUAAGCUUUGAGACCUGGCCUCCACAAGCAACUACUGAGGUUUGUGUGUACUAGAAUAAAACCAGCUUGGUACUGGUCUUGCUCUUGGUUGAAGAGAUCCAUGCUCAUUUGUCACAGCUAAUCUUUUUCCUGAUGACUCUCUUGAAGUUCAAGGCCAUCUGUACAAUUUUGCACAACAUUUGUAUGAUAGUUUUUAAUACCUGUAAACUGUAAAUAAAACCAGUGGUUUCUA